AUGCUGUGUGUUGUGUUCGGACUGUCGCUGCUAGACAGAACGAACAUCUCAGCGGCGUAUAUCGCUGGUCUGAGUAGCGAUGUAGCGUUAAAUGUUGGCGCAAGAUACAACAUAGCACUACUAGUAUUUUUCAUCGGCUAUGCCCUCUUCGAGCUUCCCUCAAACAUGGUAAUUCGACGCUUGGGGGCGAGACUUUGGCUAAGCUUCUUGAUAAUAUCAUGGGGCGCUUGCGUACUCGGGAUGGGCUUCGUCCAUAGCUGGGUGUCUCUGACUGUAUGCCGAGCGCUGCUGGGGAUGUUCGAAGCGGGUCUUUUCCCUGGAGCCGUAUUCAUCAUUGGAUCCUGGUACAGACAGUAUGAGACGGCAAAGCGGGUCUCGCUAUUCUAUAUGGCAGCUCUCUUAGCCUCCGGAUUUGGACCUAUUCUUGCAUAUGCACUUUCUUUGAUCCGAGUCGGAAAUGGUACGUAUCGCCAGGGGUGGCGCUGGAUCUUCAUUAUCGAAGGCAUCGCGACGAUCGUUGCCGGUAUAAUAUCUCCGUUCUUUCUUGUAGAGUUUCCAGAGAAGGCGAAGUGGUUGACUCCCCGGCAACGAAACAUCGCUAUUUGCAGGAUGCAGAUCGACAAAGAGGCCAGGCAGUUCGUACAUCCCACGUUCAAAGAGUCAAUGAGAAUGUUAUGGGACUGGAAAUUAGCCGUGUACUCAAUGCAAUACUUCGUGGCAGCAUCUAGUGUCUACUCACUUUCUUAUUUCCAGCCGAUCAUUCUUCGGGAGGGAAUGGGUUUCAGUUAUGCUCUUGCUCAGAUUCUGAGUAGCCCAUGCUACGUCUUUGCCAUCAUAAUGUCGAUGGCUAUGGCAUGGGUGUCCGACAAGUACCGUACCAGAUGGACAGUGCUGUGCUUCCAAUCGCUCUCAGCAGUCGCUGGCUUGCUCGUGAUUUUAUAUGCAAAGCCUCCUGGUGUGCGUUAUCUUGGAUUGUAUCUUGCAACUUUCGGUACUCAAGCCAACGUCCCCGGAACGCUCUCCUACGGACAAAGCCAGACGGCCAAAAUCGAAAGGAAAGGGGUGAUUGCUGCCGCAAUGAUUUCGAUCGGAGCGGCUGGUGGAAUCACAGGCUCUACAAUUUUCCGAACUCAAGAUGCGCCUCAAUACCUUCCAGGGAUGUGGGCUACAAUUGCUAUGCAGCUGUUCUAUACUCUUGUAACAGUCUGUAUGUCACUAUAUCUCAAGAGACAGAACCGACUCGCAGAUGAAGGUAAAGGGCCAGCUCUUGAAGGUAUUGAAGGAUUCAGAUAUGCACCAUAG